UGUGUGUUUUGAACAGUGAUUCUUAGACCUACCACUACCAACAACUGCGAGCGAUACCCCAAAAAAACCAAAACCCUCCAUACGCUUUAUACGCUUCUCUUCAGUCACACACACACUCUCUCUCUCUUUCUUCUCUUAUCUCCUUCUUUUUGUUAGUCUUUCCAUUUCAUCUUACGUUGUCUUCUCACUAAUCUUCUCUUUAUAUCACGCAAUGCUUUAAAUCUUUAUCCCAUAAAGAACCCUUCAAUUUCUUGGCUCAAGAACCUAUCUUUCUUUCUUCACUGCUUCACUUGCUUACACUAGAUUACUUAUUUAUAUUCACAUACAAAAGUGCUCUGCAAAUGGGUGUUGAUUUGAGGCAAGUGGUUGCUGGGAUACUCACUCUUACAAUGUUUGUGAUGCUUGGGAACAUGAUCAAGAGAGACCACUUUGAUUCUGUUGAAGAAAAAUUUCCUGGAGGAGCUGUGGAUACUGAAUUUGAUAGUGGGAGGGUUAUGGAGCAGGGCCUUGUAACCUUCACAAAGAUGGGUAAGGGGCCUUGGAUGGAGGAUGGCCAGCAGCUAAAACCGUGCUGGACAGAGUCAAGUUUUGAUCAGGUAGAGGAGUCCAAAGGGUUUGUCACAUUCUCAUUAACUAAUGGGCCAGAAUAUCACGUCUCACAGGUUGCUGAUGCAGUAGUGGUGGCAAGAUAUGUAGGAGCAACUCUUGUAAUCCCUGACAUUAGAGGAAACAAACCAGGAGAUGAGAGGAAGUUUGAAGAAGUAUAUGAUGUGGAUAAAUUUGUAAAAAGCUUGGAUGGAGUAAUCAAAGUGGUCAAGGAUCUUCCUGGGGAUAUAUCAAUUCGAGAUUUUGCUGUUGUCAAGGUCCCUAAUCGUGUUACAGAAGAUCACAUUGCAGAAUUAGUCGAACCAAUCUUUAGAACGAGGGGGAACAUAAGACUGGCUACUUAUUUCCCAUCAGUAAACAUGAGAAAGAACACACAGAAAAGUAACACCAAUUCUGUUGCAUGUUUAGCAAUGUUUGGAACUUUGGAGUUGCAGCCAGAGGUUAAUGAAGUGGUUGACUCCAUGAUUGAGAGGUUAAAAACCUUGAGUCGUAAGUCUGAUGGUCGGUUUAUAGCUGUGGACUUGAGAGUUGAAAUAUUGGAAAAGGAAAGUUGCCACGGAAGUGGUGCCAGUGGAACAAAAACCUGUUAUGAUGCCAAGGAGAUAGCCCUCUUCUUAAGAAAGGUUGGAUUUGAUAAGGAUACUACAAUCUACUUAACUCAGUCGAGAUGGCAUGACAGCCUUGAUAUUUUGAAGGACAUAUUUCCAAAGACUUAUACAAAGGAAAGCAUCAUGCCUGAAGAUAAAAAGAUGAAGUUCCUCGAAUCAGAAGGUUCGGAAUUUGAAAAAGUUAUCGACUUCUAUAUCAGUUCUCAAAGUGAUGUCUUUGUACCAGCCAUAUCUGGCUUAUUCUAUGCCAAUGUAGCUGGUAAGAGAAUAGCUUUGGGUAAGACGCAAAUACUUGUUCCAGCCGAUAUUCCAGGCUCCUCCGCAUCUAUCACCAAUCACUUCUCCCCUUAUAUCUCAAAGAAGAACCACUUGGCCUAUUCGUGUUUUUGCUAGUAAAGUGCGUAUAAGAGGAAUGGGGGAAAAACUCAAGAACAAUAGCAGAAACCAUUUUUAUUAUUUGAAGUCUUGAAUGAUAGUCUUAUUUCACCAGACCCAAAUGUCUUCUAGUAAGCAAUCUUCAAUUUGUGAGUGUCAAAAGACAAAGUUAAGCUGAUUUUUGAAGACCAUUCUAUAGUACAGGUAGCUUUUGUGGGCAGUAUAUAUAUAUUUUUAGAUAUAUUCAAGAAUGUGUUUGAUGUUUUGUAAGACUCAAGUAAAUUUAUUUACUGCAAAAUUAGAUAGUAUUUGUUGAGGUUGUUUAAUGGAUUAUUUGUUGACAUUUGAAGUCCA